GAACUGACCUCCGCCAGCAGCAUCACGCCCGCCCGCCGCCAAUCAAGCCUCUCACGCCUCGCUCACCAAUUGGAAGUGCCACAAUGACUUCCAAAAGACCGCUCCGAUCACUCGUCUCCACCGCUUCAUCAUCACUCCGGCCCGCGCAAAUAUCCAGAACGUCCUUCGUGCGGUCCUCCGCAUGCGCGUUUUCGAGCACCACCCCAUCGAGGGCCACGGAAUAUGACGCAGAAGCUACACCAGCUGUUGACAGGCCGCGAUGGAAACAGACACCUCCGCGAAUGAUGGCACCUCAUAGGAUACGGCCGAAAGCCAGAGGGGGCGUUUACCAGGUCAAUGAGGAUCCGAAAAAGCUGGACGAUGCGUAUAUACGCAUGUUGGGCCCCGGAGGAGACAAGAUGCUGGGAGACGACGUCAAGUGGUUAGCCGUCACACAUAAGAGCUUCGACCACGGAAGGAGAGGGUUCAACGACCGACUAGCAUACUUGGGACGGAGGAUAGUCGAACUACAAACAACACAGGCGCUCAUAAACUCGCCGCAGGAGAACCAAUGGCCGAGAGAUCUCAAUGGUGUACCGAUCAGCGACGAGUUUGGUCGCAAACCAUACCUACACCCCGCCUUGAAUGGGCUGCAAGGCUUGACCGACGAGGCAGAGAGUCUGGUCUUGAGCAAAACACGGCUAGCACCGAUAGCAGAGCGAUACCGUCUGGACAAGGUCACGCGAUGGACACCCAAGAGGGCGGACAACCUCCAAGGCUCUGGUUUUGAAACCGUCCUCAUGACUUCUCUGUACGCCAUCGUCGGAGCGGUCGCUCUCGAGCGUGGCGGCGAAGUGGCUAACAAGGUCGUGCAAGAAAAGAUACUCGCACCGCUUGGCUUCAGCUUCUCGCCCGAAUCAUGACCUGCACGCAUUCAAUUCUGUACAAGACCACUGCCAGCCUUUGUACCAUAUUGUAAACAAGAACCUGACAUGGCGAACAUAGCGAUUUUUCAAUCAAAAUACGUCUUCGCCAUCACGUAAUAUCUCAGGUUGCGGUCAAUUUGACCUCACAUCUAGUACGGAUUGCCCGUCUUGACGAGUCGAGUGAAGUUGGUUCUUUAUCACAAUCUGCUGAAAGGCAGCAUUAUCGUCACUUUUACGCAGGUUAUUAGAUGAAUACACAGGUCAUGUAAACCGAUGAAGGAUCCUGUAAGAACGGUGACUGCCACGAUCCGCGAUUCAAGCGGAAGCCUUCAGGUAUAGCUCAGGUGAUCAAUGGCAUAGCGAGACUGCCCCUAUGGGCAAUGGACUCAUUGUCAAACGUCACGGAUCAUAGCAAUUUUCAUACGAACGUGA